ACUUUACCUCAAGAACACUGCCCUGGUAACUACUUUACCUCAAGAACACUGCCCUGAUACAGCUAGAGCUAGAGUAUAACCUUAAGCAUACGGCACAUAUGAAAAAGAAACAAAAGUUCUUGAACAAAACAAGAUUAUAAUAAUAUAAUAAUUCAUUAUAAUAAAAGUUAUCUGUAUUAAAGCCAUGAAUCAAUUUGUGCAAGUGUCUGAGAACAGUAUACAAGACUGGAAGGACUUCACAAGGUCUGCUGUCAAGUUUUUAGAUAUGUAUCGAAAUCUUCUGGAUACAUAUGUAUUGGAUUUCUUCACUGAAGAUUUAUGGUCCCUGUUAAACCCUCAGUGGACAGUCAUUUUGGAUACCUUAACACCUUGUGAUCUGGCAAAUUUCCUCUCUCGUGAUUCAACUUUAAGGCAAAAAAAUGUUUGGCCACUUUCCCUGCAAGCACUUCGAGCAACUGCUUUUACGUACACUUUACCAAGAAGAUCUGUUUUGUCAGCAGACCCAUUCACAAGUUACCUCAAUCACCAGAUUCAGAAUAGAGAAACAUUUUCAGACUGUGAUGAACAUGGAUAUGAUACAAAUAAUUCAUUAGAACAAAAUACAAAUUUAAAAACUGAUGCCGGAAUAUCACCACUUCCAUUCAGCAUGCAGAAUUUACUCAGUGUUCUGCACAAAGAAAGUAAAGAAAGCAAUAUAACAACCAAGUAUAGUGAGGUGUCAUCUAUAAAUCACAGCACAGACAGCAGCGGUGUAUCAGACAUAAUGGAAGACUGUAGCAAUUCAACAAACUCUGGUUCACAACAGUGUAGUGAGCAUGAAAAAUUAUCUGAUGUACAGAACUCUAAGAAAAGUAAAAGUACAGUAGAGCAUGAGGAAAAAAAUACCUCAAUUCAUAUCUGUCAGCAACUCAAGGUCUGUAAAACAGAUGACAGUGCAAAGGAUUCAACAAAGUUAAUGCCCCCAAGUGAACUGAUGUCUGUAAGAUGGGGUGAUGCAUCUUUGGAACUAAGUGCAGCGGCAGGGCAGCACAUGUUACUUAAGCAUGUUUUUCGUCGUCAUCUAAAACCUAAGAAACAACAUGAGGUUGCUCGCUUGGCUCUAAUAGCUGGGCAGAUUGCACGAAACACUUGCAAUGGUGUCAUGAUUGAUGUGGGCUCUGGUCAAGGCCACCUCUCAAGACUGCUUGCAUACGGACAUGAUGUGAGAGUUGUUUGUCUGGAAGCACAGGAUGAUUUCAUCAAUGGUGCAAAGAAAUUUGAUAAUCAAUUAGAAAUGGCUGUGGAAAAAAUGAAACGACGAGAGACUUCCUUACCUUCCCUCCCACCUGCUCCUCGUCAUACUACGUGCCUCCUUGAGCCACAUAUGGAUCCUCAGACAUUUAGAGAGGUGGUGACAGGAGCAUGGCCAGAGUUGGACUCGGGAGGGGUGGUGUGUGGUCUCUUAGGGCUACACACUUGUGGCAACUUGGCCCCAACCAUGCUAAGGAUCUUCACCAACAUGUCAACAUGCCAAGCAGUUGUAUCUGUUGGGUGCUGCUACAUGAAGCUGGAUACUCACAGUGAUGAAACAGAACAUCCUGGUUACCCCAUGAGCAAAUUUGUUUGCUCCUUGCCUGGGUUUAUGUUAAGCUAUGAGGCACGAGAAGUUGCAUGUCACGCCAUAGAAAUGUACAUCAGCCGACUCAAAGUAGGAGCAGAUAACCUGAAGGUUCAUUGUUACAGAGCAGCCCUAGAAGAAAUAAUCAUGAAGUACUGGCCACAUCAUCGUCAUGCUGGGUUACGCUCUGUCAAUCAUGCCCACAAAAUGGAAUUUUCCCAGUAUGCUGUGGAAGCUGUUUCUCGGUUAAGAGGUAUUGAAAUACCACGAGGGGAUCUGACCAGUGCCAAGACCAAACAUAAUCUCGCCCGUUGGAUGCAGGUUGUUAUCUUCUACUCGUUACGGCUGCUGUUAGCUCCAGUAGUGGAGUCAGUGGUACUUCUUGACAGACUACUCUUUCUGUACGAAAAAGGUGUGGAGAGUAUACUGGUGCCAACAUUUGACCCUCAGUUGUCACCUAGAAAUCACGUUCUUGUUGCUGUUAAGCCCAGUAAUAAAUUCUGACAUAAGCA